AUGUUGCCAAAGUUCGAUCUAACAAACCCAAAAGCUUGCUUGUCACUUCUCGAGGAUGUAACUACUAACGCAAAGCAGAUCCAAGAUUCCGUGUUGGAAGCAAUACUCUCACGUAAUGCUCAAACCGAGUAUCUUAAAGGUUUUCUCAACGGUCAACUCGAUAAGCAAAGCUUCAAGAACAACCUACCAGUUGUGACCUACGAAGAUUAUCGCUCUUAUAUUGAUCGUGUCGCUAAUGGAGAGCCCUCUGAUCUAAUCUGUGAUCGUCCCAUCAUUCUUUUCUUGUCCAGCUCUGGUACUUCAGGAGGAGUUCCAAAGUUGAUUCCAUUGACAGCAGAGGAGUUGGAACAGAGGCUGUUGUUUGCAUAUCUCUAUGCACCUCUACUCUACAAGUACGUAGAAGGGCUUAGUGAAGGGAAAACUCUCAUAUUUUACUUCGUUACUCGAGAAGGCGAGACUGCAUCAGGCUUGAUGGUCAGGACUAUGGUAACUUGUGUUUUGAAAAGCGUGAAUCAGUCCAACUCAUUUCAUUGGGAUACAAGGCACAUAAGCCCGCUUGCGAUUUCGACUUGUGCAGACACAACUCAGAGCAUGUACUGCCAGUUGCUUUGCGGGCUUCUACAACGAGACCAUGUAGCUCGACUUGGUGCAGUUUUUGCUUCUUCUUUCCUCAAAGUAAUCAAGUUCUUGGAAGACCACUGGGAUGAGUUAUGCUCCAACAUAAGCACUGGCCGGCUCAACGACUGGAUCAUUGACGCUCAAUGUGUUUCAGGGAUCAGUAAGUUCCUCACCGCUCCAAAUCCAGAACUAGCGAGCCUAAUCGAGCAAGAAUGCAAGAAAACAUCAUGGGAGGCAAUAGUGGGGAGACUAUGGCCAAAUGCAAAAUGCAUCGAAGCCAUUGUGACCGGCUCCAUGGCACAGUACAUUCCAAUGCUGGAAUUCUACGGCGGCGGUCUUCCUAUAAUUUCAGGGAGUUACUUUAGCUCUGAAUGUUUCAUUGGUUUCAAUGCCAAUCCUUUGUGCAAGCCUUGUGAUGUGUCUUACACUGUCAAUCCAAGCAUGGCCUACUUCGAGUUCUUAGAGGUCGAGAAAGACCAUCAAGAGGCUGGUCAUGAUCCUACAAAGAAGCCUGCGGUGGUCGAUCUUGUCAAUGUUCAAAUUGGCAAUGAUUAUGAACCUGUUGUUACAACUUUUUUCAGGUACCGUAUGGGGGAUGUUUUAAGAGUGACUGGUUUCUACAACAAUGCGCCACAGUUUCGAUUCUUGGGAAGACAGAAAGUGAUUCUGAGCAUUGACACGGAGAAGACCAACGAAGAAGACCUCCUCAAGGCAGUGACAAACGCGAAGCUCUUACUCGAGCCACAUAACCUAAUGCUCGUAGAUUUUACAAGCCGUGUGGAUUCCUCCUCGUUUCCAGGACACUACGUGCUCUAUUGGGAACUCGGGAGCAAGGUCAAGGACGCAAAGCUCGAGCCCGACCCCAAUGUUAUGGAAGAAUGCUGCUUCACCGUUGAGGAGUCUCUCGACUCCGUGUACAGAAAAUUUAGAAAGCAUGAUAAGAGCAUCGGACCGCUUGAGAUUAAGGUUGUUAGGCGUGGUGCUUUCGACGAGCUCAUGAAUUUCUUCCUCUCUCGAGGCUCUUCUGUGAGUCAGUACAAGACGCCAAGGUCGGUGACCAAUGAUGAAGCUUUGAAGAUAUUGGAGGCAAUGGUUGUUUCCAACUUUAUUAGCCGGAAAUCUCCGUCGUGGGACGGUGGGAUCUAA